UUCAAGAGAUUAUGAGAAGUUGUUAUCGAUACAUCCUUCUAAUCACGUUCUUCGUUUUUGCGUUCUGCAAUCCACAACAAACAGGAAGGCAGAAUUACAGGGUGCGAGGCACUUUGAUGUGUGGAAAAGUGCCAGCCAAGGAUGUGAAAGUGAAAUUGAUUGACGACGAUUUUGGACCUGAUCCUGAUGACGAGCUGGAUAGCGGCUACACGGAUGCAAAUGGUUUCUUUGAAUUAGCUGGAUUCACCACAGAACGUACCACGAUUGAUCCACAUUUGAAGUUCUACCAUGACUGUAACGAUGGAAUUACGCCAUGUCAACGACGGUGGAAAUUCGAGCUGCCAAAUCAUUACAUCACCAGAGGCAACGAACCAUCGAAAGUGCUCGAUAUAGGCAAAUGGAAUCUCGAAGCUUUACUGCCUGGGGAAAGUCAUGAUUGUCAACAUUGAUUGCAUGGUAUCUUGUAAAUUGUGCAUUAUGUGUAUGGAUUCCUCACAUUAUUUAGUUCAGUUCGAAUGUUUAACUGCUAAAAGGGAUGGAGGAUUUUUUCAUUGAUGAAUUCUCCAAAUAAAUUAUCUACGAG